UGUUUGUGACUUGCAUAAUGGAAUAAAUAAAGCUGCAGCGGUGACUGUUUGACUUGAUGGAACCUGGGAGAGAGUGGUGUUGGUGGCUGGGCUUCCCUGCAUACAGAUCAGCAUCUUUGCCUCGGUUUGAUUGCCUUCUCUUGCUCAGAGAUGCAUGAGGCACAACUGCAGGAUGAAACUUGUUCUUUUUUUUUUUCUAAGCAGGCAGGCUUACAACAUUGCUGAGAAAGUGGGGUUUUUCCCUUCAAGUGAUUCUUUUUUUUUUUUCCCCGCUCCUUUCCAAAUCUGCUACCAUUGCAGAUUCCCAACUGUGGGAGAAUGCAAUGUGAAGGUAUUUUGGGCUGAUCAGAGAAUUACUGUAGCAGGAACAAAAGACACUGAUGGGGGAGAGUGGUCCCAAGAGGCCUUAAGAAGAAAGAGAUGGAAUUCAGAUUAGUAGCCUCCAAAAAAAUCUUGCUGUAGAAGAGGUGAAAAAUAAGACUAUAAAAGAACAAAGGAGAUUCUCCAUCAUGCAAUAUUAACAGAAAUAAAUCUGACUGGGAGAGUUGUGGGGAAGGAGAACCGAUAUCAGACGGUGAACCGGGAAGGAAAAGAUCUAAAAGUGGAAGCAAUCAGGCCAGUGUGAAAUCGGAGGGUCCCAGAGAAUUCUGACAUCUCCUUCUAAAGCCAUGGAGGUUGGUGCUGUGAAAGGUCUGGUUCUUGAUUUAUCUGGAUGGAAGAGGAAUUCCCAGGCUCACAUCUGUUUGCUAAGAGACGGCCAGAGGAGAUUGACUUCACCUCGCAGGAGCUGAGCUUGGGGAACCAGCUGGCAGGCAAGCAGCCUGGAACAUUGUGGAUCCAUCAAGGACUUGGAGCAUGGCUAUGAGCAACGUCAAUGACUCUGUGGCUCUGAGCAAUGGCAGCAUCUUGUCAAACGCUACCGGCCCAGGUAUCAUUGCAGCUAAUGACGGAGAUGUUGCAGUCCAGCAGCUCCCAUCCAAGGAAGCACCAAGAACGAAAGCGAGUCCCAAUGGCUGCCUGCAGCUCAAUGGUACAAUCAAACCGUCCUUUCUGCCUUUAGACAACCAAAGAACUCAGCAGAUGUUAUCUCAAUGCUGCCACCCUUGUCCAUACCAUCAUUCUUUAAGUAGCCAUAAUAACAAGCAAGAAUGUCCUUCGGUGGUUGGCAGCUCAGCACCAUCCCCUAUGACUUCGUGCUGCAUGCAGCCACAUACUGAGUAUUCAGCUUCUCUUUGCCAAAAACACACCCCCAUAUAUCAGCCUGCCUGCUGUCUUCAGCCCUCCCCAUCCUUCUGCCUUCACCAUCAGUGGCCUGACCAUUUUCAGCAUCAGCCUGUGCAACAACAUAUAGCCAGGAUAAGGCCAGCCAGACCUUUCAAGUUACCAAAAAGCUACGCUGCGCUGAUCGCUGACUGGCCCGUGGUGGUCCUGGGCAUGUGUACCGUGUUAAUAGUGGUGUGUGCGCUGGUCGGGAUAUUAGUUCCAGACCUUCCAGAUUUCUCUGAUCCAUUGCUGGGUUUUGAACCAAGAGGGACGGCCAUAGGACAGAGAUUGGUCACGUGGAACAACAUGGUGAAAAACACAGGGUACAAAGCAACACUUGCAAAUUAUCCUUUCAAAUAUGCAGAUGAGCAAGCUAAGAGUCAUCAGGAUGAUAGAUGGUCAGAUGAUCACUACGAAAGAGAGAAGAGGCAAGCAGACUGGAACUUCCACAAGGAUACCUUUUUCUGCGACAUUCCAAGUGAUCGCUAUUCACGAGUGGUGUUUACAUCAACAGAAGGGGAGAAUUUAUGGAAUUUGAAUGCAAUUAAGUCAAUGUGCAAUGUAGAUAACUUGAGGAUCAGAUCCCACUCCCAGUUUGGUGAUCUCUGCCAGAGAGCCACUGCUGCUUCGUGCUGUCCCAGCUGGACGCUGGGCAACUAUGUGGCUAUUCUAAACAACAGGUCAUCAUGUCAAAAAAUUGUCGAACGGGAUGUCUCUCACACCCUAAAGCUGCUUCGCACAUGUGCCAAAUACUACUACAACGGAACCCUGGGGCCGGACUGCUGGGACAUGAACGCCAAAAGGAAAGACCAACUCAAGUGUACAAACGUGCCUCGCAAAUGUACCAAGUACAACGCUGUUUACCAGAUCCUUCACUAUCUAGUGGACAAGGAUUUUCUAAGCCCAAAGACAGCUGACUAUGUCUUACCAGCUUUAAAAUACAGCAUGCUCUUCUCCCCAACCGAGAAAGGAGAAAGCAUGAUGAGUAUUUACCUGGAUAACUUUGAGAACUGGAAUGCUUCUGAUGGUGUAACCACCGUCACAGGGAUUGAGUUUGGAAUAAAACAUAGAUUGUUUCAGGAUUACCUGUUGAUGGAUACUGUGUAUCCUGCCAUAGCCAUCGUGAUUGUUUUACUAGUUAUGUGUGUGUACACGAAGUCCAUGUUUAUCACGCUGAUGACUAUGUUUGCAAUAAUUAGUUCCUUGAUUAUUUCUUAUUUUCUGUAUCGGGUAGUAUUUAAUUUCGAGUUCUUCCCAUUCAUGAAUCUCACUGCGUUGAUUAUUCUUGUUGGGAUUGGAGCAGAUGAUGCUUUUGUCUUAUGUGACGUUUGGAACUACACAAAAUUUGAUAAACCUCAUGCAGGAACUUCUGAGACAGUGAGCAUCACGUUGCAACACGCUGCUCUUUCCAUGUUUGUCACGAGUUUUACUACCGCCGCUGCCUUCUAUGCUAAUUAUGUCAGCAAUAUCACAGCAAUCAGGUGCUUCGGUGUUUAUGCCGGCACUGCCAUUUUGGUGAAUUAUGUUUUAAUGGUUACAUGGCUACCUGCUGUAGUUGUAUUACAUGAACGAUACCUUCUCAAUAUUUUCAGUUGCUUUAAGAAACCUCAGCAGAGGGUGUACAACAACAAAAACUGCUGGACAGUGUUGUGCCAAAUGUUCCACAAGACUAUUUUUGCAGUCUCUGAAGCAUCCAGGAUAUUUUUUGAAAAAGUUUUGCCAUGCAUUGUUAUCAAAUUUCGAUAUAUUUGGCUUUUCUGGUUCCUUGCCUUAACAAUUGGUGGAGCGUAUAUCGUCUGUGUAAAUCCAAAGAUGAAAUUGCCGUCACUGGAGCUCUCUGAGUUUCAGGUAUUUAGGUCUUCUCACCCGUUUGAACGAUACGAUGCAGAAUACAAAAAGCUUUUUAUGUUUGAACGUGUCCACCAUGGAGAGGAGCUCCACAUGCCGAUUACAGUAAUCUGGGGUGUCACACCUGAGGAUAAUGGUAACCCUUUAAACCCUAAAAGUAAAGGAAAGCUGCAGCUAGAUAGCAGUUUUAAUAUUGCUAGCCCGGCUUCACAGGUUUGGAUUUUACGUUUCUGUCAGAAGUUAAGAAAUCAAACGUUUUACUAUCAGACCGAAGAACAAGACUUCACAAGCUGCUUUAUUGAAACAUUUAAGCAGUGGAUGGAAAAUCAAGACUGUGAUGAGCCAUCUCUUUACCCCUGCUGCAGCCACUGGAGCUUUCCCUACAAACAAGAAGUUUUUGAAUUAUGUAUCAAGAGGGCUAUAAUGGAGCUAGAAAGAAGCACGGGGUACCAUUUAGAUAGUAAAACCCCAGGGCCUCGCUUUGACCUGAAUGACACCAUCAGGGCAGUGGUGUUGGAGUUCCAAAGCACCUACCUCUUCACACUGGCUUAUGAGAAGAUGCAUCAGUUCUACAAAGAGGUCGACUCAUGGAUUUCAAGUGAGCUUAGUUCUGCUCCUGAAGGUCUUAGCAAUGGUUGGUUUGUGAGUAACCUCGAAUUUUACGAUCUUCAGGAUAGUCUUUCUGAUGGUACUCUGAUUGCAAUGGGUCUUUCAGUUGCUGUUGCAUUUAGUGUAAUGCUUCUUACGACUUGGAAUAUAAUUAUAAGCCUUUAUGCAAUAGUUUCAAUAGCUGGAACUAUUUUCGUCACUGUAGGUUCUCUGGUUCUUCUUGGAUGGGAGCUAAAUGUGUUAGAAUCUGUCACUAUUUCAGUGGCUGUUGGCUUAUCUGUAGACUUUGCUGUUCAUUAUGGAGUGGCCUAUCGCUUAGCCCCUGACCCUGACCGAGAGGGAAAAGUCAUUUUUUCUUUAAGCCGUAUGGGUUCUGCUAUUGCAAUGGCUGCAUUGACUACAUUUGUAGCUGGAGCAAUGAUGAUGCCCUCUACAGUGCUGGCCUACACGCAGCUUGGCACUUUUAUGAUGCUUAUAAUGUGCAUUAGUUGGGCUUUUGCAACGUUCUUCUUCCAGUGCAUGUGCCGAUGCCUUGGACCCCAAGGCACUUGUGGCCAGAUCCCACUACCAAAAAAAUUGCGGUGUAGUGCCUUCUCUCAGACCUUUUCAGAAGCCCAAGGAGGCAGAGCUCAAAAUAAAUCCCAUCCCGUUGGCAAAUAUCAGCUGGACUCCAGAAGUCAAAAACCAGAAAUGGAGCACGAGCACUAUGAGCUUGAGCCUCUGGCGUCCCAGACCGGUGUCUGUAACUCUGCUGAGAAGGUGACGUACGAAGAAACUCACCUCUGCUCAGAGCUCUUCAGUAGCAGGCCCCAAAAUGUGUGUAUGCCUAUGCAUUCAGCCUAUAGUAGCGAAGUGAGUAAAAGCAUUAAAAAUGUUGCUAGUUCAGCUAUGCUGCAGCCAGCUCUUGACCAGCACACCAUAUGCCCAAUUUUCUCCCAGAACAGGCAGUGUAGCUGUCCCGAUGCCUAUAAGCAAGUGGCAGUGCAGUGGAGUCCGCACUCCUGUCAGCAGGUAAGCGAUACCUUCUGUUACCAGUGUUCUCCUUCACCGGGAACUCUGCAGAUCCAAAGCUCUGUAGCUCCUAUAAAUGCUUUACAGCAAACCGCUGAAGGUUACGUGCACCCGGUCCAGCACGUCCUCCACUGCAGUUGCCUUCAAGGAAGGCUCAAAAGAACGAUGACGCAGAACUCUCUGCCGAAAAAUUUUUUCCUCCAGUCAGUGCAACAGUUUCAGGCACAUCAAAGAAUAAACAGGACAGAUCCACACGCUCAUCAAAACCCAGAGGAAAACCCAAGAACUGUUCCAAAGGUGAUGAGCUCCUCGCAGUUUCUCUGCCGAAACGCGGGACCUCUGAUAGUGCGUUGCUCUGAGUGUGAGAACAGUCUAUCAAAUAACCCAAAGGGAUUCUGUCAGCAGAUGGACAAGUGUGAUGACAAGGGUGGUACAGAAGCGAAUGGGGUUGAAAGCAAGAAAGCCUCGCUGUCAAAGCAGAAAAAGAAAGCUGAGAGCAAGAUGGAUCAGCAUUCCUUGCAGAAUGAGCGGGUUUUGAAGGCUGACCAAAAUGAUAAAAAACAUCUGCUGAGCAGGUCAGUGAGAGAGGGUCGCUAUGAGGGUUGCCGUGAAAAUUCACACUGCUGUAGCAAGGCUAUCGCAGUGAAGUGCAAUUCUGUUGACUGUCAAAUGCCAAACAUCGAAGCCAAUGUGCCUCCUAUGUUAAUGCGCCCAGAACUUUCCAAUCAAAGUUUGUUAAUAAAAACACUAUAAUAAAUCUUUGAUUUGACAA